ACCGUGGCCGCGGGUGGUCGUGGUGUCGAAGGGUCUUCUCGGAUUUUCUUGCUUUUCCAAAGCGGGACGCGCGAAGCGAAGAUCCCGCGGGACCAAACUUACAUGAGUGGUUCUGAAUCUGGCCAUGGAUCCAAGUGCUGCCAAAGGAGAAAAAAACACACUCUCCGAGACCACGAGGGCAAAGAUGGAGAGGAACCGCCAGCGGGCUUUGAUGCUCAGGCAAGCUAGACUGGCGAACUGGCCCUACCCUUCUCCUGGCGAAGGCAGUUCAAAAGUUAAAGCACCUCCAAAGACAAUAGAUACAGGAGGAGGGUUUUUUCUGGAGGAGGAAGAAGAAGAGAAAAACCGACACCAGACUGAGAAAAUUGUGCAUCCCCCUGGGCCGGUAUUAGAAUUUGAUUAUCUAAUCUGCGAAGAAUGUGGGAAGGAAUUCAUGGACUCCUAUCUCAUGAACCAUUUUGACGUGGCAACAUGUGAUAAUUGCAGGUACGGCGAUUUUGUUUCUGUACUUUCAAGUCAGUUCUGA